AUGACUAAGAUUGUGGUUAUCGGUGCUGGUGUUGCAGGUUUGACCACCUCAUAUUUGCUAGCUCAAAAGGGAUACGACGUCUCAAUUAUUGCUAAAAACCUUCCAGGUGAUAUUGAUCCUGAAUAUACUUCUCCAUAUGCCGGCGCUGAAUGGUAUUCUUUAGCAUCAAAGGACGAAAUCUUUGAACAAGAGUUAGAUAAACCAGGCUAUUUCGAAUUGAGAAAAUUGGCCAAAGAUCCAAAAUCAGGUAUCCAUAUCAUUGAUUCCUAUGAAUAUAUUAAAUUUGAGGAUGCUGAUAAUUAUGAAUUUCCAUGGUUUGUAGAUUUUGUUGAAGGUUUUGAAAUGAUCAAUGACAGAUCAAAAUUGCCAGACGAUUGUAAAUUCGGUUUCAAAUUUUCAGGUUUAACUGCAACAACAACUAUUUACUUAUACUACUUAUUAAACAAAUGUGUUGAGCUCGGUGUGACCUACAAAAGAUAUAAACUUGACCACAUUAAUGAUGCUUUCUCUUUACAUCAUUCAGGUGAAAAAUCGGACUAUGUUAUCAAUUGCACAGGUUUGUUAGCUGGUAAAUUAAAUGGUGUUAAUGAUCCUUUAGUUUAUCCAGUUAGAGGUCAAACUUUACUAGUUACCAAUACCCCCAAAAAACAAUUAACUGUCUCCAAUUUCGAAGGUUAUGAUGAUGAAAUGCUAUACAUUAUUCCCAGAAAAGAAGGUGGCACUAUCCUCGGUGGAUGUUUCCAAAAGCACAGCACAGUUCAAGAAGUUGAUACUGCUUUGAUUCAAAGAAUCUCUGAAAGAGCUGUAAAAUACUGCCCAGAAUUGAUUGAUCCCUCCAUCAAUCACAAUAAAAACUAUCUCGAUAUUGUUAAAGUCAAUGUUGGUUUCAGACCUUAUAGAAAAGGUGGCCCAAGAAUCGAAAUCGAUAAACAAAAUUCAAAAAUUAUUCACAACUAUGGUGCUGGUGGUUCAGGUUAUCAAAGUUCCUAUGGCAUGUCUGGUAAAACAAUCGAAUUGCUUGAAAAAAGUAUCAAACUUAACGGUUCUAAAUCCAAAUUAUGA